CGAUAUGAUUUCUAAAACAUUGAUUAAAAUUUAAAACAUUAAAAAAAACCGAAAUAAAAGAAACUAAUUUUCGUGCUGGUAAAGGAACAACUGUGAUGGGCCACAGGAUGGCCCCACGUGAAAAGAAGAUAACAGAGGCCCACACUGAGCCCAGGUACGGCCUGGCGGCGGUGUGCCCAUUGCGACAGCUGGACCAGGCAAAAGUUCGGGUUUGCACAUUACUGGCGGGUUACCGGCCCAUGAUCCGCCGGGUUAUCCUUUAGAACCAGAUGCUGACGUACGGUUACCUUUUCCGUGAAGCUUUGUGCAUCCACCUCAAUUUUCCCAUCUCCCAAUCAAUUCCCACGCCACGAUCCACGAUCCCCACGAUGUUUCUCGUUCUCCCUCCAUUUCUAUUCCCAAUUUGCAGUCCAUAAUCACAUUCUUCGUCAUCCUUAAAUUCUUCUUAUUCAAUUGCACGAUUCCGCUCUCCCCCCAAUCGAUUCUUCUUCCAUUAGUUGCUCCUUCCGCCAUUAUCGUUGCCGCAGAUCAAAUCUCAGCCGCAUCGUCUAUUCUGCUCCGUCCGUCCUUUCGCCUUAGAUAUCAUCGCCUUCUGCUACUUCUUUCAUCCACCUGUCUCAGAGCUCAGUGUCGCAGCAGACACAGUAAUCAGGCAACUGGUUUGGUGCAAGUUCCAGAAGCUUUGACGGUGAGUCACUUCUUCUGUAGGGUCUCCAGUUUUUGUUGUUUUAGAUUAUAAAAAAAAAACUUCGGAGCUAAUUGGGAUUUACUUGAAUUCAUUACCUGGAGGAGUUCGUUUUCAUUCUUGGGUUAUUCUGCAUUUGUAGAUGAUCUGUUCUCUGGGUUAUUCAAUUCUGUGUGGGUUGUUUGGCAUCAAUGGUUUCACAUGCUUGCUGAUUGACGACGAGCCAUUUUAGUUUUGGAUACUUUUCAUCAUCCAAAAAUACUUUGUGGGUACUGUUAAGAAUGAGCUGAAUUGACUUGGAAUUAUUUAUGUGAUUUUAGCUUCAUGAUGUCGUUACCUUGAUUGUGCAUUGCUCAGAAUGUUUCCAUGGUUUGGAUAUUGCUAGAUUCCUUCUACUGUUGUAUGUGCAAUAUAACCCCCUUGUAGAAUCCUCUUGGAUGGUGAGUUCUUCCUUAAAAGUGGUUCAUCUACUUGUUGUGCCUUUAUGAAAUACAGGACAUGAGCCCUUUUUGGAACGUUUUACACUUCUUACUUCAUAUGCUGUUGUUUUGGGGGAUGAAGAGAUUUUAAUAUCAUUCUAAAUUUGCUUCUCUGUACCAUUUACUUCACAUUCCGGUUUAGUCUAUUAUGACUGCUCUUUCGUUCUCUUUAUGUCCUGAAACCUGUGAUGCUUCCAAUCUUUCUGAGUGCUUUUUGUUAAUGGUUUUCUCUGAAGGUCAGGUGGCACAUGGCGAAAGUUGGGAGGUCGCGACGUAGGGCUUCUUACAGACAGUGCAGGAUGGCUCCCUACCAUUUGCGGACUUGUGGCAGUCAAAUUGAAGAGCAAUGCUGCCCGAAAGGCUCCCGAGGAUUAUUAGAUAAGAAAGAUUGGGAAGAUGUGACUUGCUCUGUUUGCAUGGAAUGUCCACAUAAUGCCGUCCUGUUGCUUUGCUCCUCUCAUGACAAGGGCUGUCGUCCCUAUAUGUGUGGGACUAGCUUCCGUUACUCCAAUUGUCUUGACCAAUACAAGAAAGCAUAUGCGAAUAGGGAUGUCGAGCAGUGUGAGAUCUCGGAGCUUGCAUGUCCUCUUUGUAGGGGCCAAGUAAAAGGGUGGACUGUGGUGGAGCCUGCCCGUGAAUAUCUGAACUCCAAGGAAAGAAGCUGUAUGCAAGAUGAUUGUUCAUUUGUUGGCACUUACAAGGAAUUGAGGAAGCACAUGAAGGGAGUUCACCCUUGUGCAACACCGCGUGGGGUAGACCCUCUGUUGGAGCAGAAGUGGGGAAGGUUGGAGAGGGAGCGAGAGCGUGAUGAUGUUCUCAGCACGAUAAGAUCUACAAUGCCUGGGUCAUUGGUUUUUGGGGAUUACGUGAUUGAGAGAAACCACGGUGACUUUGAUUCAGAUGAUGAUGAAGAUGUGGGGUUUGGCCUCGAGGCUGCAAACAGGAGGGAAGGAGGAGGAUUUGUGGGUUUUGAUCGGAAUCUGGCAAAUGUCUUUAUGCUGCUGCAUACCUUUGGGUCGGCAUCAGGUUCCCACCACCAGUCAGAAGGAGCCGGUGGUGGCAUGCGACACCCUUCUCCAGUUGGUGGAUUGGCUUCCUUUGAUGAAGACAUUGACCAUCAUGACAGCUAUGAUUGGACUGCAGACGGCAACGAUGAUGACAGUGGAGGUGAAACCUCACUUGUUUCUCGCCUCCGUGGUCAGGGGCAAGUGCUUUUUAACAGUUCAGGUAGACGACGUAGGCGUAGAAACUUGGACGGAGGUGGCCGUUGACAAGCCGUAACAUGCCAGCAGUCGGGGGGAUUAGGUGACCUCGAAGUUGUGAUGAUUGUGUAUUUUAGCAUGUGCAUUUGUACAAUUCUUUUACAUUUAGAGCAGUUGGCCAUGGAGAAUGGCUGGAUAAAGCUACUGAUUAUCUUCUGCCUUUACUUUAUCUGUAGUUUGGCUGUUCAUAUGGUAAGAACCGAAGCUGAGCUUCCUGAUCAGCACAACAGUUUAGCUGUUGUUCCUAAUCGUACAUUUACAGAAGUUGGUCAUUGGGAUGGCUAAAUAAAUCUACUGAUUUUUC